GAGACGCUUUGUGUGUCCUGUCAGGGACUCCGUAGCGGCUUAAUACCGAUGUGCAAACAUGGCGGACAUUGAGCGAAGUUUAGGCGAUGGAACGGGAUAUUGUGCUAUAAAUUUCCAGUUUUAGUUGUUUUUCAGUAAACGACAACGAUCAAUCAGUUGUAUAUCCACUGGCGUACUUCUUUUAGCUUGAUUUAAUCGAUGUUACUCUCGUCGUGAACAGAAGAAACACAUUCUGUCAACUUUCUGAUGCCGGUAAACGCACUGGAAUCUGCUCGACUAAACCAGACUGACAGCACAUCAAAACUCCUCACCUCUUAUAUUUACCCUGAUUUAAUAACUUUUGAUGAGUUUAGCACAUCUACUUCACGCCUUCGUUAUAACAUGACCUUGAGUUGAACAGUUCGGUUCGUUCAGCAGUAACAGGUGGAUAUUGACAAUCCACUAUUUCAUUGUUGAUGUUACUCUAACGUUUGCACUGAAAUGUCUCUAUGGACGGAUUAGUUUUAGUUUGACCUCAAAUCCACCAUACAACAUGCCCUUCUUACAUCCUUUUUGCUGAAUAGUUAUGUCGCAAAUAAUUGUUCCUGUUGUGUAAAUUAUGUGACUCGGGACGUCGAGUCUGCAAGUUUUUCUGCUGUUGUGCGAGUUUUAACUCUUGAACGAUGUGCAAGCUGCUCAAGUAUUGCUUCAGUCACUUCCUUUAUGCUGCCAUGACCCGCCUGGACGAAGCCAACAAAGGGGUCAACAUGUGGUCAUCCAUUCGGUACCUCGGUUACCUGUCCAGCCUGAACUCCCUUGUGGCUAUUUGCCUGGGAAUUUACGUACAAUGGGAGAAAACUGCAGACACUAUCAUCUUGGUCAUUUUCAUUUUGGGCCUCUUCGUUCUUGGGAUUGCCUGCAUUCUCCACUAUUACUUCGGUAUGGAAAGCGUCAGCCUAUUUCUCCUGCAUCUGUGGUUUGGUUUCCUUCUGGGUUUGCUGUGCUUCAUCAACGUCCCGUCCAAAGAGCCCGAUGUUAAGGAGCAGGUGGCCAACUAUAUGUUAAUAGCGAGUAUUGUGAUACGAACCCUAUGGGCUUUGGUUGGAAGAAUGUGCGGUUAUACCCGACAUCAACCUGCUUUCCUCACCUCAAGGGAAGCUUUGGAGCUCACAGGCUUCGCUGUGGCCAGCACAACCUUGGUCAGCCAAAAAUGCAUAAGCCUUGUGGUCCUGUCACUGGCUUUGGCGGCUGUAGUUGUGGAUUUGCGCAUGAAGUCCCUCUUCGCGAUCCCAAACCUGGUCUGCUUCUCGGUUGUUGCUGCGUUCUUCUUCCAGGAGUCUUUAGGAGUGUCCACCAACCCCUUCGCCUUGUCUUGCUUCUUCAGCCGUCUCGUCUGCGACCCAAUACUGGACGUGUACUUCAGCGGACUUUCGGUCACCGAACGCUGGUCACCGCUGCUGCUGAGAAGAGGCCUGUGGAGACGCUUAACGCUUCUUCCUCUGGUCGUCAUGGAGGUGAUGUUUUCGGUCGUGGCCGCUCUGAAGAUGAGAGAUCUGGAUCGGUGGUACCUGCUCAUCCCGGGUCUUUCAGUAUCUGCUGUUUUCUGGAUCAUCUGCCAUCUGGUUUUUCUCGUCACGCUGUGGGGUUUUCACAGCAAGCUGAGUGACUGUCAGAGGAUGUGCAUGCUGCACACGUCAGAGGCUGGAGAGCUGGACAGGGUCAUGGCGUCUAAGGGGAUGCGGCACUUCUGUCUCAUAUCGAAACGCCUAGUGCUCUUCAGCCUGAUGUCCACCAUCAUACUCGGGGCUCUGGGUUUGCAGCCGUCCAACAGUCUGUUUAUUGCGUUGUUUCUGCUGGUGCUGCCUCUGGAGUCACUAGCCCACGGUCUCUUCCAUGAGCUGGGAAACAUCCUCGGAGGAACCUGUGUCGGCUACGCCAUGGUGAUUCCUACCAACUACUGCAGCCCAGAUGGUCAGCCCACCCUGCUCCCCCCAGCGCAUGUGCAGGAGCUCAACUUGCGUUCCACAAGGAUGCUUAACAACGUGCAGCGCUUCUUCUCUCAUCACAUGAUCGAGACCUACGGUUGUGAUUACUCCACGAGCGGCUUGAGUCUGGAAGCCCUGCAGGCCAAGCUCCGCAUUUUCAUGGAGGCACACACGGCUGACGGCCCACGACACGACACCUACGUGCUGUAUUACAGCGGACACACCCACCGCAGCGGAGAGUGGGCUCUAGCAGGUGGAGAUGUUUUACGUCUAGAUGAGAUUGUGCAGCUCUGGAGAGAAAAGAACGCUGGAUUCUGUUCCCGUCUCAUCAUUAUUCUCGACACCGACAACUCGCUCCCCUGGGUGAAGGAGGUGCAGAAAAUCGAGGGACUUUAUGUAGCGGUUCAAGGAGCAGUGCUCUCUAGUCCCACAGACCCGGAGGUCCAGGACGCGCCUCAGCUCGGGGACUUCACCUGUCAAUGGGUUGAUUUUAACUGCAACCCUGACAGCAUAGUUCGGUGGUCUGAGCGUGGGCGGCCCGUCCAAGCAGCCUAUGGCAUCUCCAGACACUGGAGCGACUACAAGCUUCACCUGCCCACUGAAAGCGACGUCACCAGGCACUGGAGACUCUACUUCCCACGCCUGACUUACCCUGUGGUUCAGCUCGCACACUGGUGCGGUGUGUUGAACCUCUUUUGGGUUUGCGGAUACUGCGUUCGACUGCUCCGAAGGAUCAAACUCACUUGGUUCCCACCUUCGGUGCUGGAUACGGGCCAAGGUUUCAAACUGGUUAAAUCGUAGAACAGGAAGUGAGGCGAUACUGUAAGCAGCUGCCGGUCGCAGCAGGUCUGAGCUGUAUCUGGACAUGGAUAGGUGACGCUCAUCUACGGCAGCUUUAGGUUGUAUUGACCAGCACAGCAAUUUGUAAAAUCUCAGGUGUGAAAACACUCCAUGUGUGUGUUUGUGAUUGAAAAAAUUGCUAAAAAUUGGCCAACUUGCAUACAAGAAUUUCAUAUUCAUUACUCAGCGAGGGUGAAUUUUGUGAAACCAAUCAACAUUUCUGGGUCAUAGAUCACCUCUAAAUCAAAAGAUAGAUGAACAUAAGACAGUAUAUUUUGCAUAAAGAAAUAAAAUCAAUUUUUUAUUAAAAAGAUUAUUUUAGUGACAAUUAAGUAUAUUUUCUUGUCAGAAUCAUAAUGAAAAGAUUUGUAUUUAAAAUUAAAUGAUCUUAUAAUCCUUAUUGGUAAAAAACAAAACUGUCAUUACCGCAGUGUGAAUUUCCCCCACAUUUUUAUAUUAUAUAAAAUUAUUCAACAUAAAUAAUAAAUACAAAAACUAUUUUAUUACAGUGAAUAAAAUCCCUGAUUACAUUAUGAAAAAUGUCAAUACCAUAAUGCAAAAUGUUUUGCUGAUUUAAAAAUUUUGAAUUAUUUUUAUAUUAAUUAUAUUAUUGCUGUUAUAUUAUACAACAUAUACAGGAUUAUUUAUUACAGUAAAAAUAUCCCAGCGAUUAAAUGAUGAAAAUUGUCUUCACCGUAAUGCAAUUUAUUUAUUAUUUUUUUAAUUUAAAAUGAUUUUUAUAUUGCAUAAAAAUGCAAAUUUCUAUCCUUAAUUGUCAUGAAAACAUGACCUUAAAAUAGGUUUUAAUUUUUUAUGCAAAAUUAUUCUUUCCUUUUGAUAUUAGGGUAAAAUAUGGCCUGGAGAUUUUUUUUUUUUUUUUUUUUUUACAAGAUUCACAUACAAUAUGUUACUGAUGGGCCUAACAGCAUUGCACCCUCUAACCAAUUCAGCUGUUGCUGCUUUAACUUGUAUUUUUUAACUCCCACUUCCAUUUUAACACUUUUUCAUGACUUUUGUAAACUCUGUUACACUAAACUGUAGAAUGCAGCUUUUGUACACAGAUCCGGCAGCACAGUGUGAAACCCAUUACCAGCUCAGCCAUUUUGCAGUGCCUCUGCUUUACUGCACUAGACAAACCACAGCCUUUUAUUUGGUGUCUAUACAAGGGACGUAGUGUCCGUUUAACACUAUAACCCACACAUUCAGAUCUGUCCAGUCUGUGGAGUGGUGUAUUUAUGUAUUUUGUUUUAUUUGUUUAUUCAGAAAAAGAUUUUCUACUGCCCUUUAUAAAUUGAUAAAUUCAUACUAUUUUGUAUAGUUUGGUUGGUCUCGAUUAGUUAAGUAUAUUUGACUAAUAUUGCGUGUUGCUAGCACUUACAACAGUUUGGGUUGAGUGUUUAUACUAGAGGUUACAUGUUCUGAAGUGCCUUCGGUAAGAUUAGUCCUCACCAAAAGACACGAGGAUUUACUCCUUGUGAAAUAUGCAAUAUUUAUUGAUUGACUUAAGACAUGUAUGAUAUGAAGAGGUUUAAGGCUUUGUGUUUUUUUUAAAGGAACCUGUGAAUGGCUUCAACAAAGAAUGAACGAGACACUGGGAUGAUUUCAAUGAUUGUUUGCGUGUUUUAAAUCAGACAUGAGAAUGAAUUCGAUAUUUUGAUAAUAAAAGAGUGGCUCUUUUA